AUGCACAUCUUGUCAACGGUGGCCCGAUCCAUCACGUCACGAAGCCUAGCACGCGUCGAACAGAUUCAAUCAAAUCAUGGCACGUAUGCCCGGUUCUUCACGUGCUCCUGCUCCCUGUGUGGUGCAGAGGCGCCUCGUCCAUCAGAAGACGGCAUGCACCACUCCCGCUUGACGCUGCCUGGCAGUGGCCCCGUCAUUGUCGAGCACAGCAAGGGGGGAGCCACCCAAGCUGGAGCUUCUGAGUCUCAAGUGGUAUCUCUUCAGCCACCGGAAAGGCCAAAGGCUCCGUCAACCUGGGGCUCCUUUGGUAGCAAGAUCGCCAAAGCCCGGCCAAUCCCAAAGGUCGUCAAGAAGGGCCCCGCGCCAACAGGAGUGAAAGGGCACGCUUCUGGCUCGACAUCAUCAUCAUCAAAAGCGACAACAGCGCUAUCGUCAACGGGAAAAGCCAAGAGCGCGAAACGGAACCCCUCACCACCGGCGUCGGCACAAUGGGGCGCCUUUCACGCGCUACAGGUCCAAGGCCCCGCACCGAAUCCGAACCCGCCACCCAAGCCGAAGUUGCUGUCGAGACCGAGGGCUGGCGCACCGGCGCCGCGGUGGAAGCGCAACUCGCUUACUGCGCAGGCGAGGGCUGGGAAAUGGGGCGGGUUUCAUCAGGAGCAGGGUGCGCCAGCUUCUGGGCACGUUGUCGACGGGGGGCUGGUCGUGCACGAUGGACAUCGGUCGAACGUCGAUCCUGUCGUUGAGGGAAACCUGGAGCUGGGUCUGGAGACUUCUCUGUCAAAGGAUGUUGGCGACAAUUCAGAAGAGGUGGGGGCAAAAGAGGUGCCACCCGAGGUUUUAAUAGAACAACCUGUCUUGUCAGAUCCACAACAUCGACAGAACGCGGCGUCUGUAUCGACCAGCAAACGGGGGAAAGAAAGGACCAGAGCGGUUCCUAGAACCAGAUCUCGGAGAAGCGGGCCCAGGAGCGCUGCAAGAUCGGGAACUGGGAGCUGGGGAAACUUUUUCGAAGAUAUCGAGAGGAGCGAUCCUGAGAUCACCAUGAUGACAGGCAGCGAAGAGGAAGCAGAUGCUCCGGCGCCAUCCCGUAGCACCGCUGACGAUACCACUUCAUCAUCCGCUUACGUUUCUUCUGAGUGGGACACUACAUACGGUACUAAUGUAUACCCCAAACCAACACCAGACUUUUAUGAGGAUAUCCUACCUCUGCCUUCGAGGCCCCCCGAACCCAAUGCCUCAAAAGCCGAAGAUAUCCCAGCUCUCUCCCCCCGCGCAGGACCCGGAUUUAUCACCCAGGCAGAGGCCGCCGCCCUCAUCGAAAGACUCUCGCACCAGAGGCGUAAGAGGAGAGUCCCGACUAGGGAUGCACCCGGGCUCAGCCCCGGGGAAGCAGAGUCCAGAGACUCAUCAACGCAACGACAUCCAGACCAAUACCAGCCAGCAGUUCAAGAGGAUAUGACGAUAAUGUCCAGACAGCAAGCGCUAUACGUCCUGCUCCAGGAGCCUGUGGAACCGGUGCCUCGGGACAUCAAUGAGCAAGAGCAUGCUACCAUCAAGGAAGGGCGAACAUGUCAUUCAGACAUCGUUUCCGCAGACCAACGUCUCACAGAACAACAUCACAUAAAAGAGUAUAUGAGAGAGCGUAGCGCAAUAGACCGGUAUUCAGAAGAACGCCGCGGAAGAGAACGUCACGCAGAGGAACGCCGCAUAAAAGAGCAAGAAUUACGCACAGAGGAGCGUCGCAUCAAAAAACUUCGCAGUGCAGAAAGGCGUGUGGAAGUACUCCGCGAAGAAGAACGUCGCGCUCACAAAAAAGCACGUCAGGCAGAUGAACGUCGCGCUGCAGAGUUUCGCACGCUAGAACGCCGUAUAAAAGAACUAAUUCGCGAAGGAGGACCUGGCCCCGAAGAACGUCUCAGGGAAAAAUAUGCUAAUUUCCAGGCAAUGAAACAAAGUCGCCCUACUAAUCUAGCCAAGGAAGCCUUGCGGGAUUUUGAUGAUAUCCUGAAAGAACUGUCUACGGAGACAGUUGAACACCAUCAUGAAGUGAACUAUAUCCGGGAUUGGCUCUACUGGCUGAGAGGACUUGUUUCACAUCUGGAUGAAGGCCAUAAUGUACAAGGGUUUUGUGACCUCUGUGAGCGGGAGUCUCAUAAAGUCCAAAGACACCAUGUCAUUCCGAGAAGUCAACGUGAUCGCGACCGAUUCACUAUUAAAGAGAUGAACGAGUUGCUGGAACUUUGCCUUCCCUGCCACAUAAAUUUACACAGAGCCAUUCCAAACGAAGAACUUGCUGGCGAGUUCAACUCUGUGGCGCGGAUUAUGACACAUCCUCGAUUUCAAUCCUGGUUGGUGUUUGCGAAAGCGCAUUCUAUCCGGGACCUCCACGGUCUGAUGAGACUACCAGAUGCAUAUGGCACACUUGAGCUGUAA